AUGCAAAAUAUUUUUUUCAUCCCCUUCCCCCCGCAGCCCUCCUCCUUUAGAAACUCAUCCAGCACGAGUAACUUGAAUAACUCAUUGGGUGAACUCAGGGGAAGACUUUUAAAGGGAGGCACCGCAGUAGAGAGACACGCACAAGAUGCUGUGCUACGAGAAAGGCUAGUCAACGUACUCCACGAUGAUGACGAAACGAUUAAGUAUCGAUUAAACGAGUUGAAACAAGAGGGGAAACGCAAAAAAAACGUGGAAUCUACAUUACGUAAUGGAAAUUUGCGAGAUGAGUUACCGCGAAGUAGCAAAUCGGAAAAAGGAGCCAGAGCAUCCAAACGCCAAGGCAAACCUAAGAAGAAAGCAAAUAUGGUACGUAUUAAGUACGAGUCUACCGACUCACUAUAUUUUUCAAGAAAAACUGACGGUUCCACGGAGUCGCUAAGCUCACGAAGCGAUUAUGACACUUCCACAGAGUCUCUAGGCAUCGAGAGAACCAACCAUAGCUCCACAACAACUUUGGAUUCGCUCCAACUAGAUAAAUAUUUAGAAAAAAAAUUUGAAGAAGAGAUAAGUUACUACGAAAGAAGGAAAUCAAUAAACCUUCGUGAUAAAUAUUACGAACUAGCUUUAAAAAGAGGUGAUUACGAAAACCUAGGCAAAGAAAUAUUAGACACCAAAUAUGUUAAAGACUUAGAAAGGUUUCCCAUGGUAAAGGAAAUGAAAAGAGGAUCAUCCAUAGGUCGUUUUCUAAAGAAAUUAGACAGUUUCGAAUUUGAAUUUGUUGUGCCUUUAUCCAAAAACAAGAGCUUUAGAGCCAAUAGUUCUUUCCACAGCCGGGGACUCACCGGCAAGCUUUUAAGAAUCUUGGACAAGUACGUAGUGUUCUCUCCGUUAACUUCCAACGGUAUACACUAUUACGCAAAC